GAGCAUUGAACAAGAAGGAAAAAUCACUAAAAACCCCUCUUCACCAUCACAUUCAAGAUGCUGCUAUGCAUUCUCUUCAUUUGUCUCUUAACCUUUCUUUCUUCUCUUACUACUGCAACUCUCAACUUUACUCUUCCUCAUGAACACCCAAACCCUGAAUCAGUUGUUCAAGAAUUACAAUGGAGGUUUAAGGAGUCCUUAUCAAGAAGACAGCUUAUGGGUUUCCAUGAGAAAGAUCAGACGGUUGCGUGCCCGACCGGAAACCCAAUCGACGAUUGCUGGCGGUGCAACCCCAAUUGGGCAUCAAAUAGGCAGAAUUUAGCUGAUUGUGGUAUUGGUUUUGGCCGGAAUGCGGGCGGCGGAAAGGGUGGUAUGACUUAUAUUGUUACUGACUCCUCCGACGCCGGAUUGAAGCCGGGGACAUUACGUUAUGGGGUGUCCUUAAAUCAACCCUUAUGGAUCAUUUUUUCCGGCGACAUGACUAUAAAGCUUAAAGAGAAGCUUAUGAUGAGUAGCUUCAAGACGAUAGAUGGUCGUGGUGCUAUUGUUCAUAUUGUUGGUGCUGGGUGUCUCAUUUUAGAUCAAGUUAGUAAUGUGAUCAUCCAUAAUGUUCAUAUUCAUGAUUGUGUUCCGGCGAAAUCGGACGGUGAUGGUAUCACAAUCAUGAGUUCAAGCAAGAUUUGGGUCGAUCAUUGUACCCUCUCUAGUUGCACUGAUGGUCUCAUCGAUGUUACACUUGGCUCCACCGGCAUCACUAUUUCAAACAACUAUUUCUCCCACCAUGACAAGGUGAUGCUUUUAGGGCACAACGACAAUUUUGUCGCCGAUUCCGGCAUGCAAGUGACGGUGGCAUUGAACCAUUUUGGUGAGGGGUUAGGGCAAAGGAUGCCAAGAUGCAGGCAUGGUUACUUCCACAUUGUCAAUAACGAUUACACACAUUGGGGGAUAUAUGCCGUCGGCGGAAGUGCAAACCCAACGAUAAACAGUCAGGGGAAUCGAUAUACGGCGCCAGGAGAACCCGAAUGCGAAAGAGGCAACAAGGAGAUUGGACACACAAGAGAGUGAAUGGGUAAAAUGGGAUUGGAGAACUGAGGGAGACAUGUUAGUUAAUGGAGCUUUUUUUGUACCUUCAGGGGAAGGAGCUGGGGUUAAGUAUGAAUUAGCAUCAAGUACUGAGCCCAAAUCAGCUAUGAUGAU